AUCCCGCAGACUUUACAUGUUUAUAUUCAACCAGUUUCCACCAUAACCUCGUGGUCUUCUUCUUCUUCUCUCUCUUACUUGCAUUUCUCUCUCUAGAAGACUUGCGAUUUAUUCUCUUUUGUUUUCUUCUUUAAUGCCUCAAGUCGAUCUUGAGACCCUAGUAUCAGCCUGUGCGGGCGGAGGCAACGACCGCAAGAUCGCCUGCGAAACGCUUGCAGACGGCGGCGCUGAUGACGACGCUCCGCAAAAUGAUGUCAUACCCGGAGAUUAUGCCGUCGUGGAGCCGGACUUACCCCCGGAGUCUUUCUGGCUGUCGAAGGACGCGGAGUACGAUUGGUUUGACCGCAACGCGUUUUAUGAGCGGAAAGAUUCCACCAAAGGCAACUCCAACUCCACAAACUUGAGCCAGAGCAUAAACCCUAGUUCUAACUCCAAUUCUCAGCGGUUUUCAGUGAAGUCUAAGGCGUCCAUCAUCGGACUGCCCAAGACCCAGAAAGCCACCUUCGUGGAUUCCAAGCGGAGGACCUGUAAAUCCGCCAAUAUAAGGCUGUUUCCUAAGCGGUCCGGAUCAGCGGGGAAGUCGACCGUUCCGGUGGCGGAACCGGGAUCUCCGAAGGUUUCGUGCAUGGGGAGAGUCCGGUCGAAGCGUGGCCGGCGCAGGUCGAAUUCGGUGAAAAGGAAAGAAAAACCAACUGAGAAACUGAGAAGUGGUGGUGAGAAGCAGAGGAGCGGUUUCUAUUCUAAGGUAAUAAACAUGUUCAGGUCAAAGAAAGGUCACAGGAAGCCGGUCCGGUCGGGGAGUAGGAAGACGGUGGAGGUGCUGGAGGAGGAGCCGGUGGUGGUUGAACCGCAACGGGAAAGCGUGAGCCCAAAAGCGAGAGGAAUUCCAGCUGGUGGUGACACGGUGGCUGAUCCUCCUAGUCUGGGAGGGGUGAAGAGGUUCGCUUCGGGGCGGAGGACCGGUGACGAGUUCAGUCAGGCAAUUUCGGGGUCGGUGGGCCCCGUGAGUUGGAGCUGAUAGUGGAGGCGCGUGAAAGUCUCACAUAGUGGUUGGCGGGCGGGGGUUGCCGAGUGACGUGGCUUAUUGAAUAUCCCUUUUUAAUAUUGGUCCCCAAAGUAGAAAAAAUACGGCUUGUUCUCGCAGUUGCUUCUUCGAUUUUCCAUUUUUACCCUUGUGUGUGUGCUAGUAUAUAAUUGUGGAUUUAUGUAUGCGAUAAUGUGAAUAUACUCUUUUUUUGGGGGGUGAAAUUGCAAAUUCGCUGCUUAUACGUUCUCA